CAGGAACAGGUCUUCCAGGCCGCCACUAGCCCUGGUCCACCCGUCCCGGCCCAUCCGACCGUCGGCGAUGUUUUAUUUCCACUGCCCGCCACAGCUAGAGGGCACUGCACCUUUUGGCAACCACUCCACAGGGGACUUCGAUGAUGGGUUUCUUCGAAGGAAACAGCGCAGAAACCGGACGACCUUCACUCUUCAACAACUGGAAGCUCUGGAGGCAGUCUUUGCCCAAACACACUACCCAGAUGUCUUCACCAGGGAAGAGCUAGCCAUGAAAAUAAACCUCACAGAAGCCAGAGUACAGGUUUGGUUCCAGAACCGAAGAGCCAAAUGGAGGAAAACAGAAAGAGGGGCCUCUGACCAGGAACCAGGGGCCAAGGAGCCCAUGGCAGAGGUGACACCACCCCCAGGGAGGAACAUCAAUUCUCCACCCCCAGGGGACCAGACCCGGAGCAAGAAGGAAGCCCUCGAGGCCCAGCAGAGCUUGGGACGAACAGUGGGCCCCGCUGGGCCUUUCUUCCCCUCCUGCUUGCCAGGGACCCUCCUGAACACAGCCACGUAUGCCCAGGCCCUGUCACAUGUGGCAUCUCUGAAAGGAGGCCCACUGUGCUCUUGCUGUGUCCCAGACCCCAUGGGGCUCUCCUUCCUCCCCACUUACGGUUGCCAGAGUAACCGCACGGCUAGCGUGGCGGCCCUGCGCAUGAAGGCCCGGGAGCAUUCAGAAGCUGUUCUGCAGUCAGCCAAUCUCCUGCCAUCCGCCAGCAGCAGCCCCAGCCCCGCUUCCAAGCAGGCACCUCCAGAAGGCAGCCCGGACAAGGCCUCUUCAACCAAGGAACAGAGUGAGGGAGAGAAGAGCGUAUGA